GGCGCGCGGCUCCCACCCCCGGCCCUCCCCCGCACGUGGCGCCAGAACUCGGCGCGGGCUCCUCGGCAAAGUAGAGAAGUCGCGUCCCAGUGGAAUAGAAGAUGAACUCAACUGAAUUCAGUGAAGAUGUAGAAGAAGUUCUAAAAAAUAACACUGUGAAGGUGGAGACGGAGAAUGAGGAUGCCGCUCUGGACUGCUCCCUGAGCUCCAGGCCCACAGAGAAGCACCCUCUGGACAGCGUCUUCACCGCCCUCCAAGCAUCCAGCAAACGCCGGCAGCUGGGCAGCGACAGCCAGCUGGACUGUGUCCCCAGUGCGAAGAGGAGGAGACUGAUACCGGAGGCACUACUGGCAGGUAUGCGGAACCGGGAGAACAGCUCGCCCUGCCAGGGCAAUGGAGAGGCAGCCAGCAGGGGCAGGAGCAUGGGCUCUGCAUGGCUGGGUGAGGAGGAGCCCUGCAAUGACACAACUACCCCUUCCUACAAGAAGCCUCUCUAUGGCAUCUCCCACAAGAUUAUGGAGAAGAAAAACCCACCCCCAGGGGACCUGCUUAGUACCUAUGAGGUCUUUGAGAAGCCAAACUCCAGCAACAGCCCCUCCCCACUGCGCCUGCUGGGUGAGUCUCAGAAGCGAGACUGCAGCAGCUCCGGGGCAGCCACUGAUGGCGACCCCAAUAUCUACUUCCUGAUCCAGAAGAUGUUCUACAUGCUCAACACACUCACAUCCAACAUGUCCCAGCUGCACAGCAAGGUGGACCUGCUCUCCUUGGAGGUGAGCCGUAUUAAGAAGCAGGUGAGCCCUUCUGAGCUGGUAGCCAAAUUCCAGCCGCCUCCCGAGUACCAACUGACCGCUGCUGAGCUCAAGCAGAUUGUGGACCAGAGCCUGUCGGGUGGUGAUUUGGCCUGCCGGCUGCUGGUGCAGCUCUUCCCUGAGCUCUUCAGUGAUGUGGACUUCUCUCGUGGCUGCAGUGCCUGUGGCUUUGCUGCCAAGCGCAAGCUGGAGUCGCUACACCUGCAACUUAUCAGAAAUUAUGUGGAAGUCUACUACCCCUCAGUGAAGGACACGGCGGUGUGGCAGGCCGAGUGCUUGCCACAGCUAAACGACUUCUUUAGCCGUUUCUGGGCCCAGAGGGAAAUGGAGGACAGCCAGCCAGGUGGCCAGGUCCCCAGCUUUUUUGAAGCUGAGCAAGUGGAUGCCAGCCACUUCUUGGACAAGAAGGAUCAGGAGGAGGCCCUGUCUCUGGACCGGAGCAGCACCAUUGCCUCUGACCAUGUGGUGGACACACAGGACCUCACAGAGUUCCUGGACGAAGCCUCAUCACCGGGUGAAUUUGCAGUCUUCCUUCUCCACCGGCUCUUCCCCGAGCUCUUUGACCACCGGAAGCUUGGUGAGCAGUACAGCUGCUAUGGAGAUGGUGGCAAGCAGGAGCUGGACCCGCAGAGGCUACAGAUCAUCCGCAACUACACAGAGAUCUACUUUCCUGACAUGCAGGAGGAGGAAGCUUGGCUGCAGCAAUGUGCCCAGCGCCUCAAUGAUGAACUGGAGGGCCUGGGGCUAGAGGGGGGCAGCGAGGGGGAAGCCCCACGGGACGACUGCUAUGACUCCUCCAGCCUCCCGGAUGACAUCUCCGUGGUCAAGGUGGAGGACAGCUUUGAGGGUGAGCGGCCUGGCCGGCGCUCCAAGAAGAUCUGGCUGGUACCCAUUGACUUUGACAAGCUGGAGAUCCCGCAGCCGGACUUUGAGGUGUCGGGCAGCGACUGCCUGCUCAGCAAGGAGCAGCUGCGCAGCAUCUAUGAGAGCAGCCUGUCUAUCGGCAACUUCGCCUCCCGCCUGCUGGUGCACCUCUUCCCUGAGCUCUUCACCCAUGAGAACCUGCGAAAGCAGUACAACUGCAGCGGCUCCCUGGGGAAGAAGCAGCUGGACCCUGCUCGCAUCAAGCUGAUCCGCCACUAUGUGCAGCUGCUCUAUCCCCGGGCCAAAAAUGACCGUGUGUGGACCCUGGAGUUCGUAGGCAAGCUGGAUGAGCGCUGCAGGCGCCGGGACACUGAGCAGCGCCGUUCCUACCAGCAGCAACGCAAGGUGCAUGUCCCUGGCCCCGAGUGCAGGGAUGUGGCAAGCUAUGCCCUCAAUGCUGAGAGGUUCCGGGAAGAGUAUGAGGGCCCCCCACUACCCCCAGAACGAAGUAGCAAGGACUUCUGCAAGAUCCCCCUGGAUGAGCUGGUGGUUCCCUCGCCCGACUUCCCGGUGCCUUCUCCCUACCUGCUGUCAGACAAGGAGGUGCGUGAGAUUGUGCAGCAGAGCCUGUCUGUGGGCAACUUUGCCGCCCGGCUCCUCGUCAGGCUCUUCCCUGAACUCUUCACCGCCGAGAACCUCCGGCUGCAGUAUAACCAUUCUGGAGCUUGCAACAAGAAGCAGCUGGACCCUACUCGGCUCAGGCUCAUCCGUCACUACGUGGAAGCUGUCUACCCAGUGGAGAAGAUGGAGGAGGUGUGGCAUUAUGAAUGUAUCCCCAGCAUUGAUGAGCGGUGUCGCCGCCCCAACAGGAAAAAGUGCGACAUCCUCAAGAAAGCCAAGAAGGUGGAGAAAUGAUGGGCCUAUGGGCUGCCCAGAGACUUAGGAUGGCCAAAGUCUGAGUGCUGGGCACCGCUGGGGCUGAGCGUCACUGCGGAGCACGUGUAUGGUACCCACAGACAGGCACCUUAUGUCCAUGGGGAGUGGCUUCCUACCUUUGCACACAUCAACACCCACCCAACCACAAGGAAGGAGCCUUGAAAUUUUAGAUUUCUUGUACUUGUACUCAUGGCUGUCCCGUGUCCCCUGGUGUGGCUGCUGGAGUUUAGGGGAGGACGGCCAACAGAGCAGAAGAACCAGAGGAGCAGGGUCCUGUCUGGCCGCAGCCCACGCAGCCCUCCUGUUCAGAGUGCGGACUUGGCGGCUCCUGUUCUCUACUCACAUUUACAUCUCCUGUUUUACCCCCUCCCCACUUACCCUUUUUUAAUUAAACUGAAACCCUUUUUUAAAAAGCAAAAAUCAGUGGGCUCUUUGGGGGCCAUUUUACUUAGGAAAAAACCAGUCUUUUUUAAGUAUGUGAGAGGAAGUACUGUAAGAUGAGUAAGGUGCUGGGAUUUUUAAAGAUUUCAGAUUUAAUGAAUUUUGUAGAAGUGCCAUGUUCAUGCAUGAUGGGUAAAAACUGAGCUCCCUGACCUUGUUUUUAACAUCUGGUUCUGGAAGGCUCGGAUGCCCCUUGGAUGGUGGGAGAGGGAUGGGCCAAGAACAGCGAGGUGGAGCUUCUUCUGACCAAGUUGCCCCUCCCUCCACAGCACCCAGGCAGGUUGUGGCGCUGUCGCCUGGGCAGCCUGUGGUGCCCCCUCUGUAGAUGAGAACACUGGAUGAUGAUGCUAUGAAUGUAGACAGACGUGGAGGCCUGUGUUAAGGCUGUCUCCAUGUGAGCUGUGUCCUUCCAUUCCGCGCCUGUUCCCUGUCUGUGUAUGGGUGCUGUUUGGAAGGGCAGUUAAGUUUUCUUGGAAAACAGUAUGUAUGGGCAUGUGGCUUUUUAUUUGAUUUAAGGGUGGGCCUCUUUGGGCUUACCGAGAACUGUUUGUUUUCCGUGUGGGUAUUUGUGUGAAAUCCGGGUUCUGGGUGCUACAGGAUGACUUCCCCAAACCUGUGUGUGCGCCUCCCACAGCAGGACGUCCUUGUUCCUGGGCAGGCAUGCCUGGGCCUGGGCCCUCCUGGGAAUACCUGGCUUUGAAAAGACACAGGUCAUCUCAGAUAGGACUUGUGUGUCCUUCCCAGGCCCACUCAAAACUUUCUCCCCAGACCCUCUGUAAGGUUCUACUGCCUUGCCCCGGCCUGUCCCCUGGGGUGAAGUGCAUCAUCCCUUCCCUCCUUGCUGACUUGGAAAGUGUGCCUUCUCCAAGCCAGCAGCUUGCUCUCAGGAGUGCUAACCAGGAGACCCUGUGACAGGUAUGUCCUAAAAGACAGUAUUUCACCCUGGAUGGGGGUCACAUGCUUGAGGGGAAAGGAAACAGUUUAGCGUGAGGUGACUGCAUCUUGCCAGAGACCCUGAAAAUAACUGAAUCAAACCAGGUAAUCAUCAAACCCUUGUGGGAGGUUAUAGAUUUAACCUAAUGAUUUACUAUUUUGCUACCUUAAAAUGCGGAAAUAAUCUGUGAAUUUCCUUCACGCAGCUAGAAUGUUAGUUCCAAUGACUGUUAGGACAUAGUUUUGCCCACAACCAGUGGGCAUUUAUAUAUGUACAGCACAGACUUUGAGCAAUAUAAAGUUGCUGUUCUGUGUCAUUACGGACUAUUUCUGCUGAAACUGCAAACCUAUAUUUUUGAAGUUGAGAAAUGCACAGGGACUUGAUCACUCUGUGUCACACACCCACACAUUGAACAUGUACAGGAAGCUUAAGAGUGGAGGCCCACACGGAUAGCAAGUUCUUCUGUGCCUGGAUAGACGGGACUGCGGCAGUAGGAGACUCUCCUUUCCCCCUCACUUGGGCCUUUCUCUUUGCCUUAGUCUCCUGACUGCGCAUGCAAGCAUGUGCACGUGUGCGCGCGCAUGCACACACACACACGCAUACACCCCUACCCAAAGAUGGCUGUGGCGCUCUACCCUCGGCCCUGCUGGUUGGGGGCUUUCAUGGAAUUUACUCUGGUCUCUAGGAUGUAUCCAAGAGGAUUCCAAGCCAUGUGAAAAUUACCCUGCUUUCUAGAGAGUGGAAUGUGACCCUGCAACUUUAGAAGCACAAUCAAUAAUUUUUUAAAAAGUUCUUGUCUACUUACAUUAGAGAAAUUGACAGGUUGUAAGAAUUAAAUGUCUCUUUGCAAACCAGAACAUGUUCCAGUUUUAGAAACUGCAUUUUGGUGGUUUCCUUUACACCUUUCCUGUGUGGGGCAUCUCCCUGAAUCUGAUCCCUUUUAGUGAAGAGGGUGGCCGCACUCGGGGAACUGCUUCUGGUCCCCUGGACUUGUCCACCGUACAGGUGGCCCAGUGGGUGUGCUUUUUACAUGAAGCAAUAGAGUACAAAAAUGCUUAUUUUUUCAGAAUCUAAUGUGUUCCUUAAAAUCUGUUCCUUCUCUCCAUCUGAAUUCUUUGGUUUUUCUAUGUGUUUCAGUCUUUUUUCUUUCUUCUCUCUGACUCUGUCUCUCUGUGUCUCUUUUUGCCUUAUAUCCCAAGGACUAAAGAAUUAGCACAGACACAUUCUGAAGUUAAGUAAAAUAGUUACAGUAGGUGGUUAGUGGUCAUGGUUUUCUGUUAAGGUGUUAAAGAAUGUCUGAGGAUAGUCUUGAAUGUACCAUGUUCUGAUCCUGCUUCAGUUCUUGUGUCUGUGUCUACAUGAUGACAAACAUUUGACAGGGAAUAAAGUGUCCAUUGUCAUGAGUGCGAGUGUGCCCUCCCCCUUUGGUCUUGACCCCAGUGUUCUUUUUCUUUUUCAGUUGGGGGUGGGGCUGUCUACAGCAGUCACUAACCAACCGUGGGAUCUGCUCGGUGGUGAUGGCUUGGCUGUUUGAAUGGAAAGAGGGCCCGACCCCACUGCAGCACAGCCUCACGGAGCUCUGCUUCGUGCCCAGUUGGCAGAGGCUGGCGACGCCUGGUGGAGGCUCUGUAGCUGUGUA